AUGAUGUCUGAAAGUGGUGGCCUUGUUGUUGGAACAGCAUUAUCUUUGUUGUUUUUUAAAAAACGAGCAUGGCCUGCAUGGGUCGGUGCGGGUUUUGGAAUUGGCGUCGCAUAUAGAACAUGCGAAAUGGAAAUAAAUUCUUUAAAGUGAAUAUUGUACGAUAUAAUUUAUAAUAAAACACUCAUGUAUUGUUGAACUUUGAUAAACUGUGAGAAGUACAAAUAAGGCCAACGAUAUUAAGGGCUUGUUACGAGCAAUUUUGACAUAAAACAGGUGGUGGCCUUGUUGUUGGAACAGCAUUAUCUUUGUUGUUUUUUAAAAAACGAGCAUGGCCUGCAUGGGUCGGUGCGGGUUUUGGAAUCGGCGUCGCAUAUAGAACAUGCGAAAUGGAAAUAAAUUCUUUUAAGUGAAUAUUGUACGAUAUAAUUUAUAAUAAAACACUUAUGUAUUGUUGAACUUUA